CUGAAUCCCCCAAAUGAAGCAUUAUUAAGUAACUUGGUGCUUUUCAUCCCACCAAUUGCACACCACAAUCCUACCAAUUCCAAGUGAAGGAAUAAAAAAUAUGUUAGUACAUAAGUUUUGCAUCACUUGACCAAUAAGAAAAAUCUUGUCUUCACCAGAGCUUUCCUAGUUUCCUGUCCUACAAACAACAAAGUGAGGAAUAGAUAAGGAUGCUUGGCUUUGGAAUUAACAAUGCAUGCAGAUACAGAGAAAUAAUUUAGAAUUAUCACUAGAUAAAAACAUUUGAACCGAUCAUGUUUUGUACCAAAACAGUCAAUAGAAUCUUUUCUUGAUUUCAGUUUUGGAAUAUACCAUACAAUCACAUGUCGAAUCAACUGCCACUGUUAGUUGACUUGUUUAGGGAAUGAAAAAUCACCUUUCAGUAUUUUCCUACCCAAGUUUUUUGCAACUAGAGUUUCAAGCCAACUGUGAUUAUCGACAAAACUACCAGAACCACCCCAUUGAUCUUUAUCUUGUGCUGUUUCUUUCUUUUUCCCUCCGAAGAUGACUAUAAACUUGUUAUAGCAAAGAAUGAUGGGGAGAUAGCUGUAAAACAAUGGAAGGUCAAAGGGUAAUGGUGAUCCAAGAUGCAUCUAAAGAAGUUUGUUCAAGUGCCAUUAGAUGGGUACUUCACGGCCUAUGUCUCAAACCUGGAGAUCAGAUUGUUCUCCUAGGAGUUCUUCAUGAGGUUAUCGAUCCUAGAACGUUAUCUUUUAAGGGAACGAGGAAGCUCUUGGGAUACAGAAACAAAGUGGACUUCACCGAAAAGUUUGGAGCAAACCACAGAAUUGUUGACAGGAAAGAGGCAAGGAAGCAGGAGUAUGAGAACAAUGCUGAAAUAAUGGAGAUAUCAAAGCUUUGCAAAGCAGAAAAGGUUGAAUUUAGGAUAGAAGUGGCUGCAGGAGCUUCACCAGCAGUUGUGGCUAUGAAAUCAGCAGAAAACUUAAAGGCAACAUGGGUAAUUUUAGACAGGAAGAUGAAGAAAAACAAGAAGAUCUUUCAGGAAAGGCUUUCAUGUGGGAUAUCCAGGAUGAAAAGGAAUAAUAGCAUCAAGCUGUUGAGGGAACCAAGAACAAAAUUCGAUGUAACUUAUGAUAUCAUGAUGCAAGGGCCCCCGGAAGAAGAAGAUCUUUUCAGCAUUGAACUUUUCCCAACAUGUAAGAUAAAUUGUGGCAAAUUCUACUUUUAUGUCAAGCAGAAGGUAAUCAAAAUACAAAAUAUUGAAUGGAGAAAAGAUUACACAUAUCUGGAACUCCAUGCUGCUACAGAUGGAUUCUCAUCAAAAAACAAUAUAUCAGAAGGUGGUGUUGAAUAUACUUUCAGAGGUCAGCUAGAGAAUAAGCUGAAUAUUGUGAUUAAACCAGCAAAUAACAAUAUAUACUUCCAAGAACCAAUGAAAUUCAAGUCAGAAAUAGAUAUACUCAGCAGAGUUAGACACAAGAACUUGGUCAUGCUGCUAGGAUGCUGUGCAGAAGGAAGUCAUAGGCUGCUUGUAUACGAGUAUGUCUGUAAUGGUUCACUAAAUCAACAUUUAUCAAAAUGUCAGCCUAUGCCAUUGAGUUGGACAAAGAGGGUAAAAGUAGCACUUGGUGCAUCCAGAGGUCUAAACCAUCUACAUCAAAACAACAUCAUUCACAAAGAUAUUAGAUCAAGUAACAUUCUUCUAAACUAUGAUUUUGAACCACUGGUAAUGACUUGAAUCUAGAUGUCAUAUGCAUACUAUGUUGACCUUAAUAUACUAAUCUGAAAUUUCAUUUUAAAUGUUACAAUAUUUUUUGUUAGCUUGGAGAUUUCGGCCUAGCAACAAUGCGGUCAGAUCAGUUCUUGAAGCAGGAGAAUAUUCA